CUUUUUUUUUCUUUUUUCUUUUUUGAAGUUCUGUAGCUGAGAAACCCUAAUUUUUGGAGGAUCUGGUAGGGUUGGAAAUUCUGGCGAAGGGAAAAAGCGAAAGCGUUUGUUCUGUUUCUUGGCUUUGGUAUCAAAUGGGUAUUUGCUUAAGUGCUCGAAUCAAGGCUGAGAGCCCCUGUCACACUGGGGGGAGUUCGAAACCUGUUAGCACGGAUGGCAAUGAUCUUAGUCGUUCUAGCAGCAAAGCAUCAUCAGUUUCUGUACCUCCUCGGAGUGAGGGUGAAAUCUUGCAGUCCUCAAAUUUGAAGAGCUUUAGUUUUUCUGAUCUCAAGAUGUCCACAAGGAACUUCCGUCCAGACAGUGUGCUUGGAGAAGGUGGUUUUGGUUCGGUUUUCAAGGGUUGGAUCGAUGAGAACUCUCUUACGGCCUCAAAGCCAGGGACCGGCACGGUUAUUGCUGUGAAAAGGCUUAAUCAAGAAGGUCUCCAAGGUCACAAAGAGUGGCUGGCAGAAGUGAAUUAUCUGGGGCAGUUUUAUCAUCGUCAUCUGGUGAAACUCAUUGGGUAUUGCUUGGAGGAUGAACACAGGCUUCUGGUGUAUGAAUUCAUGCCUAGGGGCAGCUUGGAAAAUCAUUUGUUCAGGAGAGGUUCUUACUUCCAACCACUUUCUUGGAACCUUCGUUUAAAGGUUGCUCUUGGUGCUGCAAAGGGACUUGCUUUUCUUCACGGUGCUGAAACAAAAGUGAUAUAUCGGGACUUCAAAACUUCUAAUAUAUUGCUUGAUUCAAAUUACAAUGCAAAGCUUUCUGAUUUUGGGUUGGCAAAGGAUGGGCCGACAGGCGACAAAAGCCAUGUCUCCACUAGGGUCAUGGGAACCCACGGAUAUGCAGCUCCAGAAUAUCUAGCCACUGGUCACUUGACUGCCAGGAGUGAUGUAUAUAGUUUCGGAGUAGUACUCCUUGAAAUGUUAUCUGGCCGGAGAGCAGUAGACAAGAAUAGGCCAUCCGGGGAACACAACCUAGUGGAAUGGGCCAAACCCUACCUGGCCAACAAGCGUAAAAUCUACCGCGUUCUCGACAACCGUCUCGAAGGUCAGUACACAUUGGACGUAGCCUACAAAGCAGCCAACCUUGCACUUCGAUGCCUGUCCACAGAACCCAAGUUCAGGCCUAACAUGGAUGAGGUGGUGAAAGAAUUGGAAGAGCUUCACGAUUUGAAGGAAACAGGAAAUACUCGCAGCGAUCAAACCAGUGCGCCCAAGCCUCGGAGGCGAAGCGCAGGUGAUGUUGGUAACGGGAACACUGCGGCUGCUUAUCCCAGGCCAUCUACUUCCCCACUUUAUACAAAAUGAAUGAAUGAACUUCGACAAAGCUGAUUUUCAUUUCAUUCGAAGAUAUUGAAGGGUGGUUUACCAGAGGGCUCAGCAUUUACCCAUAUCUCUGCUCAAUGACUGUAGUACAGUCAUUGUGGCUAGCUAAUAUAUUCGAAAUGAAACCUUCUUUUGACUCAGUCUCUAGGUGAGCUUGUAACCCAACAAAUUGGACUAGCAAAAUGUUUGUAAGAUAGCGUGGGUUGUAACAUAGCUAUGGCACGUAGUUUGAACGUUGAAUUGUUCAACCCACGCUAUUUUUUUUAUCUACGUGCCAUAGCUAUAGGCAUGGAUUGUCAAUAGCUCACUUUUCCCCUAACAUAUGAUUACCCCUUGUUUUCCUCCAAAAGCCAUUUCAAUUUAGGUACUGCAGCACAUCGGUGUGUCUGUUUUCUAGGACUGUAUAAUGAAUCAAAUUAUCUUUAUUUGUAUUUGAUUUGUUAAAAAAAUUUAAAGAUCAAUUCGUUACGUAAA